UAUAGAGAAGACGAUAAAGCUAUACAAGGAAUACAGGAAGGAUCAGAAGCUUGAUGAAACCAACAGACCCAUCAUGGAUCACCACCAUAUUCAGCUUCUGAAAUCUGAAUCAGCACAUAUGGCUGGAAUGAUCCAGUUUCUGGAAUCCACUCAACGGAGACUUCUGGGACAAAGUAUUGAUUCAUACUCGCUUGAAGAACUGAAUGAAAUGGAUGCCCAAAUGAACCGAAGCUUACACAAAAUUCGUACAAGAAAGGAACAUCUGUUCAAAGAGCAAGUAGAGAAGCUAAAGCAAAAGGAGAGGGAAUUGCUGGAAGAAAAUGCAAGAUUAUGUCUAGAGUGUGGGAAGAAGCCAUGGGAGAAAAUAGACAAGGAAGCAACAGCAAGUGAUCAUGACAUGAGUAGCCAAAGUUCAGAGGUCAUGACUGAGCUGUGUCUCCACACCCGUGCCUGA